UAUUUGGAUUUAAGUCGGUGGCCAGAAGGCUGUCUGGAAUAGUGAGUGGUGAAGACCACCCAACCAACGGCCGCAAAAUGUUCUCAUGCUGUCGUGCCAACAGCAAAGUAAGCAAAAAGGACAAGGGCAGUAAGGCCGAAGAAGAGAAUGAGGAGGUGGAAGUGGCCGAAGUGGAAUUGCCGGUGUCACCUAACACAACGAACGAAAAGGAGGAGCCACCCCAGCUGAAUGGCACUGCAGCCAAGCUUGAAAGUGAAACCGAGGCGGAGCCAAAGCUAGAGCCAGUCUCUGAGUUGGCCAAGGAGGCGAACGAUACUGUCGCCCAUCAAACAGACCCUCAGCCGAACGAUGAAAUUGCCAAAUCCGAUACUGUCAUUGUAGACGAUAUAGCUGCACCAGCAUCCACAGAAAAAGAAGCAGCUAGUCCAUCUCCACCAUCGCCCAUUCUGCAACUUUCGGUCCGCUCAACGCACUCGUCGACAUCUACGGCCCCACCCGCAUCAAUGACCAGCGCCGGUGCGGAGGAUGAGGAUGAUGUGGUUGUGGCGACGGUCACACCGACGACGCCGCCACCUCAGCCACCGCCCACAAAGAGCUGCCUGUCGCGCCACAAUUCCACACACCAAUCCAUCAAGAAGAAGGUGAACAUAAGCAACCGGGCGGAGAUCAUUGAGCCGGAGCCGCUGCCACCGCUCAUGUUGGCCAAUCACAAUAACAACAACGGCUCGCUGGCCGACGACGAUGAGGUGUUCUCCGACUCGUUGCCGCCGCCCAAGCGUGAGAGCAUGUGUGCGCCGUAUAUCGAGGGGGAUCUGGUGUCGGAAACGCUCGCCUUUGCCCACGGCCUGCCCGUCUGGUUCGAAGACGAGCGCCUCAAUGAGAUGGGCUGCAUCGAGCCGCCGGUCACUCCAGUGGGACGCGAUGAGCUGGAGCUGAAGCGCCAACGCCUGUACACGGAGCUCCUGCGGGCCGCCCACGCGGCCGUCGAGCACAGCGUGGCCGUGCGGGAAAACGAGCCAGACGCUAAGCCAUCGGCUGCUGUCGGACAUUUGGAGAGCAUUUGCGAACGCUUGGAGACUCUAGUUGAUCGCUUGGAGCGUACAUUGAUCGCGCCACAGCCGCAGCCGCAGCCCCAGCCCCAGCCGGAAUCGAUUGAAUUGCCCCCGCCACCACCCCCACUACCAGAAGCUGAAGAAGCUCCCCCAGAAGACUUUCAAGCCGAAGCACCUCCACCGCCAAACAGCAGCAUGAGUGUCGCCGGAUUCGAGGACAUCGUUGCGGGCCCGCUGAGCAAAUACCUGACUUUGUCCGCUAAAAUUGGAGGCGAUGUGGCCCAGCAUGCCGAUCUCGUGAGGAGCGCCUUUGGCCUCCAACAGCAGUAUGUGACUCUGGCCACGCAGAUUGCCCAGCCGGCGCAGCCAAAGCAAGCGGAACUGUUGAAGCCAACGUCGACGCAGAUCAGCGCCAUUCAGGACUAUCGGGAGAAACAUCGUACGUCCCCGUUUUUCAAUCAUCUGUCCGCCAUUAGCGAGAGCAUUCCCGCUCUCGGCUGGGUGUGCGUCGAGAAGACUCCCGGGCCGUAUGUGAAGGAGAUGAACGACGCCGGCCAAUUCUACACGAAUCGUGUACUGAAGGAGUGGAAGGAGAAGGACAGCACGCAUGUGGAGUGGGCCCGCUCCUGGGUACAGACGCUCACCGAACUGCAGGCCUACAUCAAGCAGUACCACACCACGGGUCUAGUGUGGUCCGGCAAGGGAGCCGCCCCGUCCGGCGGAGCCCCCCCACCGCCACCACCCGGCGGUCUGCCGCCACCACCGCCUCCAUUGGACUUGAGUGCUCUGAAGCUCGACAGCGGCGGCGAUGAACGCAAUGCACUGUUCGCUCAAAUCAAUCAGGGCGCUGACAUCACCAAGAACCUGAAGAAGGUCACUGGGGAUAUGCAGACCCACAAGAAUCCCUCACUGCGCACUGGACCGGCACCGUUCAAGACGCCAGCCCAGUCUGGCUCGUCGGCUGCUCCCUCAGCUCCCGCUGCCACCAAGGCCCCUGUCUUCACACGCGAUGGCAAGAAGUGGCUGAUCGAGUACCAGAAGAGCAACAGCGGCCUGCUGGUGGACAACGCCGAGAUGAACAACGUUGUGUACGUGUUCCGCUGCGAGGGCUCCACGCUGACGGUCAAGGGCAAGGUGAACAACAUCGUGCUUGAUUCGUGCAAGAAGUGCUCGCUGCUGUUCGACUCGGUGGUGGCAUCCGUGGAGUUUGUCAACUGCCAGAGCGUCCAGAUGCAGGUGCUCGGGUUUGUGCCGACGAUUUCCAUCGACAAGAGCGACGGCUGCCAAAUGUAUCUGUCCAAGGAUUCGUUGGGCGUGGAGAUUGUGAGCUCCAAGUCUUCCGAGAUGAACAUUCUCUUGCCCGAUGAUAGCGGCGACUAUACCGAGUUGGCUGUACCGGAGCAGUAUAAGACCACCAUUGCUGGCAAGACCCUCAAGACUGUGUGCGUGGACAGCCUCGGCUAAUGUGGUAAUCUGCUAGGGUCCAUCAGUUGCUUUUCCAGCUAUUAUCAACAGCAUUGGCCAGACCACAUGGCAAUCAUAUGUGUAUUUAAUAUUAAGCGCAAAAGUUUUCGUAAUUCAGAAAUUUUAAGAUCAAACCCUUUCGUACAGAAAUCGGUGCCAAACAUUGCUAUCAUGGUACUUGAAAUGGCCUAAUGAAAGUAAAGUAUUUAUAUAUGUUUAUGUCAAUGGAAAAGCGAUGAACCGAACCGAACCCAAUGUAUUUAUAUAUCGAGAGUAUGAGUGUGUAACGAAACUAAGCACGAGAUUCGAACCUUUUAAGCAGACUCUUCAUUUGAUCGUCAGAAAAACUCUUUUUAUAUUCUAUUUAAAUACAAUUUAAACAUUUUUUAUCAAAUAAAAAAGGAGAAAAGAAA